AUACCUUUUUAAGUUGGACUCUCUCUCUCUCUCUUUCUUUCAUAUGUUGUUGUUAUGUUGUUGUUCUCUGAGAGAAACAAGAAACAGAGUAAAACAUUUUAAAAAAGCAGAGCUUAGAAACUCAAUCGCAGAGACGGAGAGAUCAGAGAUGGGAGAUGUAAUAUUAUUCAUCGAAGAUAUUAGCGAUUUAAUAUCAAAUUUCUCACGCUGCAGAAUCUGUCACGAAGAAGAAGCCGAGAGCUACUUUGAAGCUCCUUGUUCUUGCUCAGGCACCCUCAAGUUUGCGCACAGAGAUUGCAUACAACGAUGGUGCGAUGAGAAAGGAAACACCAUUUGUGAAAUAUGUCUCCAGGAGUAUAAACCUGGAUAUACCACUACUUCAAAACCAUCUCGUUUUAUUGAAGCAGCAGUAACAAUCAGGUGGCUCUUCUUUCAGCAAAUAGGAUAUGAUCACGCCUCUGCUAUGGACUUUGGCACUGCCUCUCUUCUUCAGUGGAUGGUCCUUCAUACUCCUACUAGGCUCGGUUCUGACCAUCUUUGGGGUUGAUCCUCCUAGCAACAAAAGAUUAUCCGGUGGGAUUUCUUUGAAGCUUUCUUCUUUGCAACCUGAAAUUUUUUUAACAUUCUGGACAAAGACCAAGUGAAUUAUAUCUGAUACUGGAGUUUCAUAAAAAGAAUUUGUUAUGGUCGAAUUUACCUUGGAUGCUUUAGCAUGAUGAAGAAUGAUAUUCUUCCUUGGACAAGUUUGGUUUGGUGGCUGCCUUUCUUGCAACUUUCGAUCUUGGUUGGUAU